GCAAAUGCAGUAGGCUACACUGAUAGUGGGGUCUGUGGCUGUAUGCAUGCAUUUCCCCUUAACACACCAAUUACAGUGUGAUUGACUUUACUAAAGAACAUAUUCAUCAAAAAAUGUAUACGUUAUCUCCUACUUGGUAUUUUACAACAUGCUUUGACAUUUCAAACAAUUAGAGCGCUGCUUUCAGUUACUUCCUAAUACGUUGGCGUGUCGUAAAAACUGACGUUUGGGAAGUACGCUGACGUAUGGGGAAGUAAAAAACGGAAAACAGCGCGCUUGUUUGAAAUGGAAAAGGCGUCUCGGUAGCUAUUGGCAACAGUGUGAUUCACUCAGAAAGUGUACAUUUCGUCUUGCAAUAUUUUGUAGACAGCAAUACAUACCCUAUAUGCAUGGAUAAAUAUACAGUCGUCCUUUAGGAUACGUAUGCUUGCCGUCCACAAUGAUGCUGUUCAAUGCAUGGACUUUUGACAUGUAACGUUAUCGUUCAACUUAGCCAGCUGCUAACGUUAGCUCUUCCUACUUUGCUUUGUAACGUUAGCUACUCUCCGACUGAGAAAGUUGUCAACACCCAAGCUCUAUGAUGGCUACUAGAGACAGCAGUCGCAUCAUGCUGCUGAAGGAAGAAGUGAGGAGUUUGUCUGAGGAGUUAGUGCAAUGCCAGGCUGACAAGGAGUUUGUUUGGUCCCUAUGGAAACGCCUCCAAGUAGCCAAUCCGGACCUGACCCAGGCCGUCAGCCUAGUGGUCGAACGAGAGAAAUGGAAAGCUGAAGCCAAGGACCGCAAGGUGCUGGAGAUCCUGCAGGCCAAAGACUACAAGAUCCAGGAGCUGGACCAGAGAGUGACAGGGCAGCAGCAGGAGAUCACCAACCUGGUCCAGAGGAAGAUGGCUGUGGACGAGGACAGAGGCCUAGUGAAGAAGGAGCUGGCAGCUCUGCGCCGCAAGCUGGGGAAUAAGAGUCAAGAACUUAAGGAUGUGAAGGAGGAGAGGGGGAGGAGAGAAGAGGCCCUGGAGGAGGAGAAGGAGGCAUUAGAGUCCUGCUGCUCUGCCCUGCGAGGCGACCUGGAGCAGGCACAGAGGCAGGAGAGGAGGCACGGAGAGGAGAAGGAGGCAUUAGAGUCCUGCUGCUCUGCCCUGCGAGGCGACCUGGAGCAGGCACAGAGGCAGGAGAGGAGACACGGAGAGGAGAGAGACUCCGCGGAUGCCAAAGUCAAGGAGAUGGAGGGUGAUCUGAGCGAUGCCCAGCGGCAGGUGGCAGACCUUCAGGACCAGUGCAGCAGCCUGGCAGACCUCCUCUCCUCCAGGCAGAAGGAGGUGGCACAGAGGGACCAACACGUCACCCAACUCGGGCGUGAGCUGCAGGAGGUGCAGGCCCUGUACAGACAGAGUAGUGAACAUGCUGCAGAGCAGGCCCAGCUCAUCCAGCAGCUAGAGGGACUCAACCUGGACACACAGAGAGUCUUACGCAACCAGGAAGAGGCUCACACUGCAGACACCACCUCUUAUCAGAAGCUCUACAACGAGCUGAGCAUAUGUUACCAGGCGCUCAAAUCCAACGAGGGCCGGCUCCGCCAGAGUCACGUCGCCCUGACAACCCAGCUGGGCCAGAAGGAACAGCAGAUUGUGCAGCUCCAAGGCCAGCUACAGCAACAACAACAACAGCAGACACACAACCAGCAGCAGCUUCCACAGACCAUGGCCCCAGCCGGUCCCCCAGCCAGGCAGACCAACUCUAAACACUUUGAGGAGCAGACUCUGUAUGACUCUCCAGAUCAGGAACUCAGUGGAGAGGAGGCCCCACCCUCAACCUGUAGCCCGGUCCCACAGGAGCCCCCGGGGCCCCCAGACACAUCGCUGGCCUUCAGCCCCUCCAGGGGCCAACACACUGGGAGACGGCAGCCGUAG